AUGGCGACACUGGAUGCAUUUCCGAGUAUAACCGAGUCCGAAUUCGUCAAAGCAUGCAGGGCUUUGGAGAUGCGCAGUCUGGAUCGACUAGACGGUACAGACUGGACGAGUAUCAGGUGGUCUGGUGAUGAACUUGUGAUCAAACAGAGGCGAAGGGUCAAUGACGGUGACCGAGAAGUCUGCAACGGUAAUCCGAAGGAGGAAGAUGGCGAUGAAGAGAACAUGGACCCUAUCGAAGAGGCAUGCCAUGACACGCUUGUUCGUGGCAGGGAUGAUUUCGGUGCCCUCACGAUCGACUUCUCCAUAACUCUGUCCCCGACAUACUGUGUUCCUGUCCUUUGGUUCUCAUGCCCACCAAUUGUGGACGGGAAAGUGUUCAGUCUCGACCAAGUAUAUAGGAUUUUGGUGCCAUUGGCAUUCCAGCAGUCACUGCGAAGUGUGGGAGUGAUGGGAGGGAUCAGUAUGGCGCAUCAUCCAGUAUCAGAUCACCCAGCUUUCUUCGUUCAUCCGUGUAAUACCCAUGAAGCUCUUUCGGCGCUCUGCACAGACAAGUCCUUGACUCCGGAAAGGUAUCUCAUACUUUGGUUGGGUCUGAUUGGAUCUUCCGUCGGCCUGCACAUUCCGAGUAAGCUUUUCGAGACGGACGGGUCGUGA